GGGAAAAAAUGCAUGAUGGAUAUGGACGUGAUGUGGGUGUGGCUCCGAUUCUUCCACGACGAGACCUCUUCAGAUUCGCUAAUGAGUACUAGGAAAGGAGCGUGAAGCAAGUAGAUUACAUUCGAAAGAAUUGUUGCUUGGAUCAAUGGAGCUCUGUAGAGGAGCUUCUGCUGCUACCUUGGCUUGGAAAACCUCCAUAUCUCCUCCUCUUCACACCUCCCAAUCCUUCCCUGCAAAAGGGUACCCGAAAUUGAGGAUUUGGUGUCUCAGUGAAUCUGUUUCUUCUCAGAAGGCAAGCCAGAUGAUUGUAUCAGUAACUGGAGCUACUGGGUUUAUUGGGAAAAGAUUGGUGCAAAGAUUGCAGCAAGAUAACCAUAAAGUUCGUGUCCUGACAAGGUCUAGACCAAAAGCUCAAUCGAUUUUUCCUGAGAAAGAGUUCCCAGGAAUUGUAAUUGCAGAGGAGCCUCAGUGGAAAAACUGCAUUGAAGGUUCUACUGCUGUUGUAAACUUGGCUGGAAUGUCCAUAAGUACAAGAUGGUCAGCUGAGAUCAAGAAAGAAAUUAAAGAAAGCAGGAUUAGGGCCACAUCAAAGGUUGUAGAUUUGAUAAACAAUUCACAAGAAGAAGUUCGUCCUAAAGUUUUGGUUAGUGCAACUGCAGUUGGCUAUUAUGGUACCAGUGAGACACAAGUAUUUGAUGAGCAAAGUCCAUCAGGAAACGAUUACUUGGCCGAGGUUUGUAGAGAAUGGGAAGCCAGUGCUCUUAAAGUCAAUAAGGAUGUUAGGCUAGCACUUAUCCGGAUCGGCGUUGUCCUUGGAAAAGAUGGUGGUGCUUUAGCUAAAAUGAUCCCGCUCUUCAUGAUGUUUGCUGGAGGACCCUUGGGUUCUGGAAGCCAGUGGUUCUCAUGGAUUCAUAUUGAUGACCUGGUGAACCUCAUAUAUGAAGCUUUAACCAAUCAAUCAUACAGAGGUGUCAUUAAUGGAACUGCUCCAAACCCUGUAAGGCUGGCAGAGAUGUGCGAUGAAUUGGGAUCUGUUUUAGGCCGCCCAUCAUGGCUCCCAGUACCAGAUUUUGCUCUCAAAACCGUUCUCGGUGAAGGUGCCACUGUGGUUUUGGACGGGCAAAAGGUGGUGCCGUCUAGAGCUAGGGAGUUGGGCUUCCGGUUCAAAUACCCUUACGUGAAGGAUGCCUUGAAAGCAAUUAUGUCAUAAAGGCGUGGCGGGUGACUAGCUAGCGUCUACGUAUAUUUCAUUUCAUUCUUUGGAAUGCAGUUGCCAGCUCCACUGAUUUUCUGGAGGCGUAGAGAUUUGUUUUGCUGCUAUUUUAUAACUUUUCCAGGAAGAUCGAAAGAGCCUUUGUGUACUAUCUUUUCUGUAUUCAUUAUAGCAAUAUCAAUGACAUAUGAGAGAAUCCACUUAAAAUUUUCAAACUUCAAUGGCUUAU